AUGGAGGAUUAUAAGUUUCUUUUUAAAGUAGUGUUAGUGGGUAACGCGGGUGUUGGUAAAACUUGUUUAGUGAGGAGAUUUACUCAGGGCCUGUUUCCACCAGGUCAAGGUGCUACUAUAGGCGUAGAUUUUAUGAUUAAAACUGUUGAAGUAGAUGGAGAGAAAGUUAAGCUUCAAAUAUGGGAUACAGCGGGACAGGAGAGGUUUAGAUCAAUAACACAGAGUUACUACCGAUCAGCCCACGCUCUUAUAUUGGUAUAUGACAUAUCUUGCCAGCCCACAUUUGACUGUCUUCCAGAUUGGCUUCGGGAAAUAGAAGAGUAUGCCAACAAUAAGGUUCUCAGAAUAUUAGUUGGUAAUAAGACUGAUAGAGAAGAUAAGGAAAUACCUCGUCAUAUUGGCGAAGACUUUGCACAGAGACAUGGAAUGUAUUUUCUGGAAACAUCGGCCAAAGAAGCUGAAAAUGUUGAAAGAUUGUUCAUGGAAAUUGCUGUCGAAUUAAUGGAGGUGUUGUCGUUCGGCCGCAUGAUGUCGUACUGGCGUAACAACCGCGAGCGUGUGUGCGGGCAGCAGGCCGUGCGUCUCCCGGACGAGGCGCUCCCUUUACAACUGAGAGGCCGCGGACUGGCCGCCAUCUUGCCGCUCGUUGUUGUGUGCGGCACGCUUACGAGGCGCGCGUCGGAACCGACUUGGAUGACAGCUAGUAAUGCUCAGAGUGACCGCGUUGGUUCCGAGCUACGGUCAAUGGUGACCGCUCCACCAGGUUACCGGUUCGUUGGCGCCGAUGUGGACUCUCAGGAGUUGUGGAUAGCUGCUCUAUUGGGUGAUAGUUCGUGUAUGUGUGGAGGGAGCGCGUUCGGCUGGGCAGUAUUAGCGGGUGACAAGAGAACUAACACCGAUUUACACUCACUUACGGCGGCCGCGGCCGGCGUGAGGAGGGACCACGCUAAGGUCAUCAACUAUGCCAGGAUAUAUGGUGCCGGGCAGAAUUUCGCUGAGAGAUUACUGAAACAGUUCAACCCUACUAUGACGAUAUCUGAAGCGAAGAGCAAAGCUGCAAAAAUGUUCGCUACAACCAAAGGAAAGAGAGUGUACAGGCUGAAGGAAAAAUAUCUAGAUGGCUUCAUAGACGAGGAGUUAGGAGAUCAGACUGUAGAGAUGACUUCGUACCAAGCGAUGCGUCUCGCUAAACUGAGCGGUCGAACUACUGAUGAGAUGUUUGAGAAACCGCGCUGGGAAGGUGGAACGGAAUCACACAUGUUCAACAAACUAGAGGAAAUAGCAGAGUCAUCGUGUCCUCGUACAAGUUUCCUCGAGGGUCGUCUGUCUCGUUCCUUGGAGGCGGCACAUAACGGAGGCGGCACUAAACUGAACUGGGUCGUUCAGAGCGCUGCGGCCGACUUCCUACAUCUGAUGUUAGUCAGCAUGAGACAUAUGCAGCCUUCAGCCAGAUUCUGUCUCAGUUUCCACGACGAGGUCAGAUAUUUAGUUCCAGAGGAACAUAAAUACGAGGCAGCUUUAGCUUUACAAAUAACAAACCUUCUCACAAGAGCCUUCUGUUCACAGAGGGUUGGGAUACACGAUCUUCCGAUGUCAGUAGCUUUCUUCUCUUCUGUGGAGGUCGAUCGAGUUUUAAGAAAGGAAGCCAAUAUGGACUGUGUGACACCUUCAAACCCCCAUGGCCUGGAAAAAGGCUAUGUAACAAAAAGGAAACAUGUGAUGAACGGAACACUAUGGGAUGAUUAUGAGUUGCCUAAAGAAAAUCAAAGUAUAGUUAAAGUUUUGAAAAGUAGGGGAAAUAAUCUUCAUGAGAUCCAAACGCCUAGCGGAGAGGAAUACUUGGUAUCAAUGCCAGGAAAAUUUCGAAAGAACAUUUGGGUGAAGCGGGGCGAUUACAUACUAGUGGAACCAAUCGAGGAAGGGGAUAAAGUGAAAGCCGAAAUAGUUAAAAUAAUGAACAAGGGCUCUAUAAAAUAUUACAAGGAAAAUAAUGUAUGGCCUAAGGAGUUUGAUGACAACAAAAAGGAAGAGAUAAAGGAAAACGAUGAUGACUUAUUUGUAAACACAAACAGAGCUCAUAUGAAAAGUUAUUCCAGUGACAGAGACAGCAGUGACUCUAGUGGCAGUGAUAGUCAAAGUGAUGAUUAA